ACGUGGACUUGAGGAUGUGGACGUAGAGGACGUGGACGUGGAGGACGUGGACGUGGACGUGGAGGACGUGGACGCGGACGUGGUCGUGGACGUGGACGUUGACGUGGACGUGGACGUGGGGGACUUGGACGUGGACAUGGACGUGGACGUGGACGUGGACGUGGACGUGGACGUGGACCUGGACGUGGACGUGGACAUGGACGUGGACGUGGACGUGGACGUGGACGUGGACGUGGACGUGGACCUUGUCAUGGACGUGAACGUGGACAUUGUCAUGGACGUGGACGUGGACGUGGACGUGGACGUAGUCGUGGACGUGGACGUGGACGUGGUCGUGGACGUGGACAUUGUCGUGGACGUGGACGUGGACGUGGACGUGGACAUUGUCGUGGACGUGGACGUGGACGUGGACGUGGACGUGGACGUGGACGUGGACGUGGUCGUGGACGUGGACGUGGUCGUGGACGUGGACGUGGACGUGGACGACUUGGACGUGGACGUGGACGUGGACGUGGACCUGGACGUGGACGUGGACGUGGACGUGGACGUGGACGUGGACAUAGACGUGGACGUGGACGUGGACGUGGACCUUGUCGUGGACAUGGACGUGGACGUGGACGUGGACGUGGACGUGGUCGUGGAUGUGGACGUGGACGUGGACGUGAUCGUGGACGUGGCCAUGGACGUGGAAGUGGAGGACGUGGACGUGGACAUGGACGUGGACGUGGACGAGGACGUAGACGUGGACGUGGACAUGGACGUGGACGUGGACGUGGACGUGGACGUGGACGUGGACGUGGACAUGGAGGUGGACGUGGAGGACGUGGACGUGGACGUGGAGGACGUGGACGCGGACGUGGUCGUGGACGUGGACGUUGACGUGGACGUGGACGUGGAGGACUUGGACGUGGACAUGGACGUGGACGUGGACGUGGACGUGGACGUGGACCUGGACCUGGACGUGGACGUGGACAUGGACGUGGACGUGGACGUGGACGUGGACGUGGACGUGGACCUUGUCGUGGACGUGAACGUGGACAUUGUCGUGGACGUGUACGUGGACGUGGACGUGGACGUGGUCGUGGACGUGGACGUGGACGUGGUCGUGGACGUGGACAUUGUCGUGGACGUGGACGUGGACGUGGACGUGGACAUUGUCGUGGACGUGGACGUGGACGUGGACGUGGUCGUGGACGUGGACGUGGACGUGGUCGUGGACGUGGACGUGGACCUGGACGUGGACGUGGACGUGGACGACUUGGACGUGGACGUGGACGUGGACGUGGACCUGGACGUGGACGUGGACGUGGACGUGGACGUGGACAUAGACGUGGACGUGGACGUGGACGUGGACGUGGACCUUGUCGUGGACAUGGACGUGGACGUGGACGUGGACGUGGUCGUGGAUGUGGACGUGGACGUGGACGUGGUCGUGGACGUGGACAUGGACGUGGAAGUGGAGGACGUGGACGUGGACGUGGACGUGGACGUGGUCGUGGACGUGGACGUGGACAUGGACGUGGACAUGUACGUGGACGUCGACGUGGAAGUGGACGUGGACGUGGAGAACUUGGACGUGGACAUGGACGUGGACAUGGACGUGGACACGUGGACGUGGACGUGGACGUGGACCGGUCGUGGACGUGGACGUGGACGUGGACAUGGACGUGGACGUGGACGUGGACGUGGAAGUGGACGUGGUCGUGGACAUGGACGUGGACGUGGACCGGUCGUGGACGUCGACGUGGAUGUGGACAUGGACGUUGACAUGGACGUGGACGUGGACGUGGACAUUGUCGUGGACGUGGACGUGGACGUGGACGUGGACGUGGACGUGGUCGUGGACGUGGACGUGGACGUGGUCGUGGACGUGGACGUGGACGUGGACGUGGACGUGGACGACUUGGACGUGGACGUGGACGUGGACGUGGACCUGGACGUGGACGUGGACGUGGACGUGGACGUGGACGUGGACGUGGACGUGGACAUGGACGUGGAAGUGGAGGACGUGGACGUGGACAUGGACGUGGACGUGGACCGGACGUGGACGUGGACGUCGACGUGGACGUGGACGUGGACGUGGUCGUGGACGUGGACGUGGACGUGGACGGUCGGGACGUGGACGUGGACCGUGGACGUGGACGACUUGGACGUGGACGGUGGACCGGUCGUGGACGUCGACGUGGAUGUGGACAUGGACGUGGACGUGGACGUGGACGUGGACGUGGAGGACUUGGACGUGGACGUGGACGUGGACGGGGACAUGGACGUGGACGUGGACGUGGACGUGGACGUGGACGUGGACAUGGACGUGGAAGACGUGGACGUGGACAUGGACGUGGACGUGGACGUGGACGUGGACGUGGAAGUGGACGUGGUCGACUUGGACGUGGACGUGGACGUGGACGGGGACGUGGACGUGGACGUGGACGUGGAGGACUUGGACGUGGACGUGGACGUGGACGGGGACAUGGACGUGGACGUGGACGUGGACGUGGACGUGGACAUGGACGUGGACGUGGACGUGGACGUGGACGUGGACGUGGACGUGGACAUGGACGUGGACGUGGACGUGGACGUGGACGUGGACAUGGACGUGGACGUGGACGUGGACGUGGACGUGGACAUGGACAUAGACAUGGACGUGGACAUGGAGAUGGAGAUGGACGUGGACAUGGACAUGGACAUGGAUGUGGACGUGGACGUGGGCGUGGACAUGGACGUGGACGUGGACGUGGACGUGGACAUGGACGUGGACAUGGACGUGCACAUGGACGUGGACGUGGACAUUGUCGUGGACGUGGACGUGGACGUGGACAUUGUCGUGGACGUGGACGUGGCCGUGGACGUGGACGUGGACGUGGUCGUGGACGUGGACGUGGACGUGGACGUGGAGGACUUGGACGUGGACAUGGACGUGGCCGUGGACGUGGACGUGGACGUUGACGUGGACGUGGACGUGGACGUGGACGUGGACAUGGACGUGGACAUGGACAUGGACGUGGACGUGGACGUGGACAUGGACGUGGACGUGGACGUGGACGUGGACGUGGACGUGGAGAUGGACGUGGACGUGGACGUGGACGUGGACGUGGACAUGGACGUGGACGUGGACGUGGACAUGGACGUGGACAUGGACGUGGACGUGGACGUGGACGUGGAGAUGGACGUGGACGUGGACGUGGACGUGGACAUGGACGUGGACGUGAACAUGGACGUGGACAUGGACGUGGACGUGGACGUGGUCGUGGACGUGGACGUGGACGUGGACGUAGACCUGGACGUGGACGUGGACGUGGACAUGGACGUGGACGUGGACGUGGUCGUAGACGUGGACGUGGACGUGGACGUGGUCGUGGACGUGGUCGUGGACGUGGUCGUGGACGUGGACGUGGACGUGGACGUGCCCGUGGACGUGGACGUGGACGUGGACGUGGACGUGGUCGUGGACGUGGACGUGGACAUGGACGUGGAAGUGGAGGACGUGGACGUGGACAUGGACGUGGACGUGGACGUGGACGUGGACGUGGACGUGGACGUGGACGUGGAUCUGGACGUGGACGUGGACGUGGACGUGGACGUGGACGUGGACGUGGACAUGGAUGUGGACGUGGACAUGGACGUGGACGUGGACGUGGACGUGGCCGUCGUGGACGUGGACGUGGACGUGGACAUGGACGUGGACGUGGACGUGGACGUGGACGUGGAAGUGGACGUGGUCGUGGACAUGGACGUGGACGUGGACCGGUCUGGACGUGGUCGUGGACAUGGACGUGGACGUGGACCGGUCGUGGACGUGGACGUGGACGUGGACAUGGACGUAGACGUGGACGUGGACGUGGACGUGGAGGACUUGGACGUGGACGUGGACGUGGACGGGGACAUGGACGUGGACGUGGACGUGGACGUGGACGUGGACGUGGACCUGGACGUGGACGUGGACGUGGACGUGGACGUGGACGUGGACAUGGAGAUAGACAUGGACGUGGACAUGGACAUGGAGAUGGAAGUGGACAUGGACAUAGACGUGGACGUGGACGUGGACGUGGGCGUGGACAUGGACGUGGACGUGGACGUGGACAUGGACGUGGACAUGGACGUGCACUUGGACGUGGACGUGGACAUUGUCGUGGACGUGGACGUGGACGUUGACAUUGUCGUGGACGUGGACGUGGCCGUGGACAUGGACGUGGACGUGGUCGUGGACGUGGACGUGGACGUGGACGUGGACGUAGCCAUGGACGUGGACAUGGACGUGGCCGUGGACGUGGACGUGGACGUUGACGUGGACGUGGACGUGGACGUGGACGUGGACGUGGACAUGGACGUGGACAUGGACGUGGACGUGGACAUGGACGUGGACGUGGACCUGGACGUGGACGUGGACGUGGACGUGGACGUGGACGUGGACGUGGACGUGGAGAUGGACGUGGACAUGGACGUGGACGUGGACGUGGACCUGGACGUGGACAUGGACGUGGACCUGGACGUGGACAUGGACGUGGACGUGGACGUGGACGUGGACGUGGACGUUGUCGUGGACGUGGACGUGGACGUGGACGUGGACGUGGUCGUGGACGUGGACGUGGACGUGGACGUGGACGUGGACAUGGACGUGGACGUGGACGUGGACCUGGAAGUGGACGUGCACUUGGACGUGGACGUGGACAUUGUCGUGGACGUGGACGUGGACGUGAACAUGGACAUUGUCUGGACGUGGACGUGGACACGUGGACGCGGACGCGGACGGGGACGCGGAUCGGACGCGGACGCGGACGUGGACGCGGACGGGAACGCGGACGUGGACGCCGACGCGGACGGGGACGCGGACGCGGACGGGGACGCGGACGCGGACGCGGACGUGGACGCCGACGCGGACGGGGACGUGGACGCGGACGGGGACGCGGACGCGGACGUGGACAUGGACGUGGACAUGGACGUGGACAUGGACGUGGACAUGGACGUGGACGCGGACGUGGACGUGGACGUGGACGUGGACGUGGACGUGGACGUGGACGUGGACGUGGACCUGGACGUGGACGUGGACGUGGACGUGGACGACGUGGACAGGGGACGUGGACGUGGACAUGAACGUGGACGUGGACGUGGACGUGAACGUGGACGCGUGGACGUAGACGUGGACAUGGACGUGGACGUGGACGUGGACGUGGACGUGGACGUGGACGUGGACGUGGAGAUGGACGUGGACGUGGACGUGGACGUGGACGUGGACGUGGACAUGGACGUGGACGUGGACGUGGACGUGGACGUGGACGUGGAGAUGGACGUGGACGUGGACGUGGACGUGGACAUGGACGUGGACGUGAACAUGGACAUGGACAUGGACGUGGACGUGGACGUGGUCGUGGACGUGGACGUGGACGUGGACGUAGACCUGGACGUGGACGUGGACGUGGACGUGGACGUGGUCGUGGACGUGGACGUGGACGUGGUCGUGGACGUGGACGUGGACGUGGUCGUGGACGUGGACGUGGACGUGGACGUGGUCGUGGACGUGGACGUGGACGUGGACGUGGUCACGUGGACGUGGACAUAG